AUUGAACCGCUCAGACUUCGUCGCCGCUCGGUUAUAGGCAGUCCGUGCACCUCCUCGCGCCCCACCAGCCGUCGGUCGUCUCGAGCGCAGCUGCAGAAGACGCUGGAGCGGCAGAGAAGCGCGGGAGGACCACGCGCCGGACCGGGUCUUCCUCUCCCCCUCGUUCCGCAUCUAGUUUCUGGAGUAGUGAGGCAGCAGAGUCAUAGUCCAGCGGCUCCCCUUCAUCAGCAAGGUGAGGAAGAGGAGGAGGAGGAGGAGAAGAGAGGAAGGGGGGACAGACGGCAGCAACAGCAGCAUCUUGGCGCACUGGAAGCUUAUGGAUUAUUGAGAAGUGGAGAAACGCGGAUGAAAUAUUCAUAAGGACUUUUUUAAAGAGAAAACACGGAGUGGGGCAGCGCCGUGGUUCACCUGCCCGGUCCAGCGGUGCCCGCACUCUCACCGGCCGCGGACCGGAGGAGCUGCGCUUCUGCAUCACCUCGCGCGCGCGUCUGGGCGAGUGAGUGUGUGUUUGGAAAGGAGCCCCCUGCUGCAGUACUUAGGGUACAGGGAUGCCACCGACUUGCUGACUGACACCUGGUAUCCGCACCCCACCCCUCCCCCCCCCCCCCCCCCCCCCGGACGGACGGACGCACCGACCCCUGCGAUCCCCACUAAUAUGCAAUGGUUUUUUGUGCAGAAGCCGACAGCUGCCGCGUACCGCCGACUUCACGCUAGCGCCGCCGCAUGCCUGUCCGCCGCUGCCGCUCCUCUCCCCGCGCCGCGCGGCAGACGACGCCAUUUGAAGAGGAGCCUUCGCGGGGGUUUCACGCCGCGGCGGCCGGGCGGCAGCAGCGACCGCUCCCCCGCCGCUGAGGACCAGCGGCCGCCGGGGCAGCCGGAGGGAGAGCGCGCGGACAAAAGCGCUGCAGCGGUCGCUCUUUUUCUGCCGCGCGCGGACGACGUCGACGCGGAAUACGUGCGAGUCCUGGUCUCCGGGCUGGUGGAGGAGCCGGGCGAGAAACCGGGCGACAAGCCGGGCUUCCUGCUCUUAUUCUCGUCUAUGGUGCAGAUUGGGGGGUCGAAGCACCGCCGAACUGAGCCCAACAGCUGGCCGGCUCUGCUGGCAUGCAAACAGGGGGGCGGACCAGCCCCCAUGCGGUGGGUGAAUUUUAGGCUGCCGCAUCCGGAGCGCCUCUCGUCCCCCACCUCCUCCUCCUCCUCCACCUCCACCCCCUCCUCUUCCUCCUCCCCCCAAGUCUCGGCCAAAUCCAUGCGGUUUAUUUGGAACAACAUUUUCAGCAAAGGAUCGCAUAUGCUGCAGUGUCUUUGUGGCAGGAGCCUCAAGAAAAACAAGAACCCAACUGAACCACAGCUGAAGGGCAUAGUGACCAGAUUGUUCUGCAGACAGGGCUUCUAUCUCCAGAUGGGCCAGGAUGGAAGUCUGGACGGGACCAAAGACGACAGCACCAACUCCUCUCUGUUUAACUUAAUUCCUGUGGGUCUGAGAGUCGUGGCCAUUCAAUCAGUCAAGACUGGCCUCUACAUUGCCAUGAACGGAGAGGGUCAUCUCUACUCGUCGGAACUGUUUACAGCAGAGUGUAAGUUUAAGGAGUCGGUGUUCGAGAACUACUACGUGAUCUACAGCUCUAUGCUGUACAGACAGAAGGAGUCGGGCCGGGCCUGGUUCCUGGGCCUCAAUAAAGAGGGACAGGUGAUGAAGGGCAACAGAGUCAAAAAGACCAAACCAGCUGCUCACUUCCUGCCUAAGCCUAUAGAAGUUGCAAUGUACCGAGAGCCUUCGUUGCACGAUGUAGGGGAGGCGGUGCCUAAGCUCGCCGGGGGCCCGCCUUCCAAAAGCACAACCAGCGAACCCGUGGUCAUGAACGGCGGCAAGCCCGUCAGCAAACCCGACAAGGAGGAGACGUAACGUGGCCCCCGCUUCUGACCCCGCCACCCCCACCCACCCCCCCGGCCCACCGGAGGCCGGACAACGCUAGAGACCCGCCCCACUGCUGCGCUCUCAACACACACAACUCCACGGAAACAGGUAACAACCAAAGAACAGCUGAGUUCUGACUGGUCAGCAGUGGGGCCGCACGCCUCCACGCUGCUCUCGCCGGACACGACGGGUGUUGAGGGCCCGAGCACUGCUGUGGGAGGCGGAGGGAGGAGACGGGCCGGUGCCAGCCGGCCAGACACUUGGGGACCGGGGCCGUGGCACAUGGGAGACAAAACAACGGCUUAAGCUAUUCCAACAAACCACAAACUGAAAAAAAAAAUGUCGUGUUCACUGGUACUUUUUCUGUGACAAUCUGUAAGAACGACUCCCUCCCCGAUAGUACUGUUUCCUGUUGCCAGGCACGCUCGCUCUCUGGGGGCUUCAGACACACACUCACUAUUCCCACAAAAAAAAAGGAAAAAAUCGACCCUUUGGAUUCGAUCCUAGAGUAAAUGAAGAACAAAUUAAAAACAUCGGCAAACACGAACGCAGCAGCAAACAGUGAUGAUUCAGAGGUUGCUUAGUCAUCCAUCAAUUAAGAUUUGGCACAGGUACAGGACUAAGUGUACUAAGCUUACAAUCAUAUGUACUUGAAGAUCCCACUGUGCACUACAAACAUGGCACGAACCCGCCGACCUGUCUGAUUCUGGUCAUAUACUCUGUUAUAAAGAGAGAGUUCGUAUUUAAGGCCACACAGCUUAAAGCAUGUUUGUCUUUUCAGUAUUCCUUUACUAACCUGCACACAAAAAGCACUAGUGAUUAUCCAGCUAUGUUGUUGUACAGACAUGAAGCAAAUUUCCGAUUUAUUUAUUUACUUUUCCCCGCCCGUCCCCCUUCGACUGCUACGACCUCCACAUCGGCGGUGCAAGAGUAGCUCAGGAGAGGACGCGGGGAGUCGGUGGAGCAGAGGGCUUGGCUCUGUCCCCGGAACCGCAGCCACUUUCCACCAGUUCCUCGUUUGUAGCAACGUGGGGAGGGCAGGAGGCCGCCUGGUAGCAGUCAGUGUUUACACGGAGUAGCAGAUAUGGUGGGGUACUGGUCGCGUUCAAAGAACGGAGGCGGGGGUCCCAAGUACUUGAAAAGCAGCGAAGGAGUGACAGUAACCGCGAACAGGGUCGACCGCGUUAAAGCCACUAUGUGCAGAAUUUCUCUCCCCAGUGGUACUUUCAAAAUAAAGGUCCUUGGCUGGUAGGAACGUAGGUAUCCAGACGUAUUGAAAGUACCAUUUUAAUACUAUAUAAGAGCAUGUCUUUAUUCAGAAAUAGUGUUAUCAGCAAAAUGCACUCAGUAAGUACAAACUACAUGAAGAACAGUGUUUUUAUUAUUAUCAUACUAGACUGAUUCUGUUGCAUCAAUGUAAACUUAUUUUUAUACUAUAGUGAAUGAUAGUGGAGCAAGAAUUAAGGACAUCUGACAUAAGACAAAAAACCUCUGAUUUAAAUCUAACUUUAAAUUGUUUAUAUACAUUAUAACCUGCAUCUGAGGUAGUGUAAUAUAGCAGUGGAGCAAAGGGCUCUUACCGUCCUUGAUUCUGAUUGUUUGACAUCCCCUAUAUUCUUAUUUUGUUACAUUUGUUUGCUACAUACUGUUUAUAAAGCAUAUCUUAUUUUCAUACAAAGAGAGAAGGUAUAUUGUACAAGAGGUGGCUGCAGACUCAUUCCUGUUUUGAAGUACUCCAGGAAAAUUACAAUUCCACAUAGUGGCUUUAAAUUACCCCGCACAAUGGCCUACAAAAUCAUUUCAAAGUGUUAGAAAUGGAGCCUUUUUAAUAGAAAAUAAUGGACCCACUGAAAAACAAAUAGCACAAAGUGAAUAAAACGAAUGUUGGUGUUCCAUAAAGCUGUCGUGGAAUCAAACCGCUGAAACAAGGGUUUGUGUAAAACGCGGAGAACUACAAGGCAGAAAAUUAAAUGGAAAUAAACCAAAUAGAUUCCCAUGCCUCACCCUCUCACUGUGACAGUCAACAUGGCACCAAUCUGUUCUGGACAUGAAUCAUGUUCUAUACCGAGGCUUUCUGUUUACUUGUCUUUCUUUGACAGCGAGACUGCAGCGAGCAAUUAACUCCUCAAAAAGUUACAGCAGUAGUCGCUCGUAGAACUGAGGAGACAUUGAUACUGUGAUCCCAGACUUCCCAUUUGUGUCAGCGACAAUGAAUCAGACACUCGCAAAUGAAUUCAUUCAGGGCCGAAUAACACAAACCGUGCGUCUCUCUUGCUUUGACUCCCCGUUUCCGUGCGAAAUAACCACUUUGCAUUUUAAUCGGAUCUUCAUCUCUAGAGAUGAUUGACCUUCAGUGACACCAUCCGAACUACAAAGAAACAACACGCCAAAGCAGCCACCCAGCAAAACUCAAGCCCCUGUGAUUAAUGCUCACGCUUGUUCCGACAUCAAACGAGCACUAGCACAAAUUAGCUGCAUCCCCGGCCCCAGCAACAGUUUGUGUGUGUGUGUGUGUGUGUGUGUGUGUGUGUGUGUGUGUGUGUGUGUGUGUGUGUGUGUGUGUGCGUGCGUGCGUGCGUGUGCGUGCGUGCGUGCGUGCGUGUGUGCGUGCGCGUGCGUGUGUGCGUGUGCGUGGCAGGUGAAACACACUGCACUGCUGCACACAAGUGAAACGUUGUAAUGUCGUCCCGCUGUGUUGUUCAGAGGACACACUCUGCAGCUGAAGAGACUGUGAAAAUACGGCACUAGACAGCUCGCAGUGUUUCUAAUUGGCAUAUCUCAGAGUUUUUCCACACGCGCGCCACAUUUUUCUCUCCUCCUCUGAUCUCAUUAGCUGUUACUUGUCUUUCGUGCUCGCAUUAUGUGAACUCAUCAUCCCGUCUGAUGUGCCCAGCGUUGGAGGCUACCCAUUACAAAGGAAGGGUUUCCAUGUGACAAAGUAUAAUCUGAAUGCGAACAUGUGACGAGGAUCACAGAUUCGUGGUGCAUUUAAAGUCUCUGUGUCACCUGCGGAGUAGUAGUACGUGUGUGGGAUCGUCAGAAUGUGUUAUUUGUGCCGGGUAGUACUGUAGAUUCUUCUAUGUGAGUGCCUCUCAGCCCCCAUCCACGCCGGAGAUGCUCAGAAUGCUCCGCCUCGGCUGGGUUCACCCACGGUUUCCAAAUUCUCAAAGUCGCGAUGACUCGACUUCAGCUCCGUCCCCUGACGCUGACGACUGAGGCAUCGUUUGACCCGUGUUGUGCUCGUCUCGCGUCGAAGAAAUGUGGAUGUAACGUUUAUUGACUUGUCGUCGUGUCGCACUAGCGGUUACUAGCAAAAAGUGGAAGAAAAAAAAAAGAAAAACUCCCUGACAAUCAGGUCUGUAAACGUCCUUUAGCGGCUUUUUCUUUUUUUUUCAGUGUUAUAAUUUCCGUCUCCAUGCAGGAAGUUUCUAAAAAGCCAUUUUAAUGACGGGAUGCGGCCCGACGCUUCUGUGCUCGCCUGAGCAACCAUUAGGCGAUAGCAUCGCGGACAAGACUCCGGGACAGCUAGCGCUACUCGCUGAGUGAUUACCGAGCAGCUAAUUUGUCCCGCGCUCGCUGCCGGAGGAGGAAUAAAAUCAUCCUAGCGAACGAAAGCGAGCGGUCUGUUAGCUGGAGGGCUCACGUCCUGUAGAAGAUCUGCGACACGUGCUCCAGAAUUAACGAUGGUUGAUGCCGGGGGGGGGGGGCCUGGUUUCCUGGCUACCGACCAAAGACGCCGCUGCGACGGCGUUUCCAGGCGCCGGCUUCAAACCACGCACGCACAAUUACUGUCAGCGUGUCCCGAGAGCUGCUGGUUCGCCAGGUACCGAGGCCGCAAUUACGGGGCGGUGGGAGGAGGGCGGCUGAUUUAAUAAGACGCCGCCAGGUCGCUCUUUGUUUCCAGCGCCUGCUCCGGCGCCGGGCGCACGUAGCCGCCUCGCUCUGUCCUGCAGGAGCACAAAACGGACCCGCGGGCCGCGGUGACCCGGCGUCUGCAGCGGGGGCCCCUUGGACGCGCGGCGGUUGGCGUGGGGCUCAUGACGUAGCUUGUCUCCCUCAGGUUUUUCUUUCGCUGUUUCUUUCCACCCGCUCCACUUUACUCCUUUUACAAAAGCCUUAUUACAUCCGAGUCUGUAACGUAGUAAAGGCGCUCUCCUCCCAGCUGUUCCUCUCUCAGAAACCCCCCCCCCUCCGGGCACACACACACACACACACACACACACACACACACACACACACACACACACACACGCGCGCGCUUCAUCCUAUUUUCCUUUUCAAUUAUCCUUUGAUCCCCAAUCUUCUGUUCACUCUAACUACGCUAGCUUCCGCCCGCUGCUCAUUUCGCUGUCACGCAACUGGAGAACGAAUUCCCAGCCUCCUUUUCUCCUCGCAGCUCCACCUCCUGUCUCUGUUUGGACUGUUUCCCCACUUGUUGCAUGGAUUUUAAAAGAGGACAGACGAUGGAAGGAGGGGGGGUGGAUUAAUGCAUGUGGUGAUGUAGGAAACGUGUCAAAAACAAGUGGAACAUUUACAGCGUAUGUACCACCAGUAAACCUCUGCCUCCGGCUCGCGUCUGCCUCUGGUUCGCACCGGCGGAGACGCCGCGGCGGCCGUCAGGCGUCUGCUCAGCGCCUGCGCUGAACCCGUGCACGUUUGUUUCCCUGCUGCAGCAGAACGUCAAGCCGGUGAAAGGCUCCGUCUCUAUGUGCCGCCACUAACAGCGUAGUCCUUGAAAAAAAACCCAGGAGUGAGGUUAAUCGUGAAUGUAAGGAUUCUUCUUCUCAAGUGACACCUUUCGUGCAGGUGCAACGAGGGAGAUGAAGCUGAAACCAGCUUUUAUUUGUCAUUAUUUCCCUUCACUUGAACGAUUUUCUUUUGCUCUGGCUAAAUCGCUUCUUGUUACGUUUGCACGUCGAGGUGCGUUUUCCUGCCUCCUACAGAUCUCGAUGAGCUAGUUGUUGUCUGGAAACGACAGCACCUAUAAAUACAUAGUCAGACCCAAGUUUGUGAGCAGGGUUGCAGUGAAUGAGCUGCUGUGGAGUCUCACCGGCGCAAGCCGUGCUAGCUGCGAGCCAGGGGCAACGCGGGGCUGGUGCCUAUUUUAAAGGACAUCCCUGUCUGUCGGUAAAUGUACAGUUACCUUUACAUACAUAUUAUGCAAACAGAGUUUGUCUGCACUGUACAGUUUGUGUCCAACCCAUUGUAUACUGUACACACAGAAAACGAUGAUCUUGAAUAAAAGAUUUAUAGAAAGAAA